AUGAGGGAGGAGGAUUCGAAUUGGUUUGCAAAAUGGGAAAAGGAAUUGCCAUCACCAGAAGAGUUGAUGCCUUUAUCCCAAACCCUAAUAACCCCUGAUUUAGCACUGGCUUUUGAUAUUCGAAACCCACCACCAAAUCACAACCAUCAGAGCACUCCGCCUCCGCUACAGACCACCGCACAGUCUUCUCAACCUAACUCUUCCGCAGAACUCGACUCGGUUGAGUUGGUUGGGUCGGGAGGGGGUGGUGAUGAUGGUGGAGUAGCCGGGGCCGGAGGUGGUGUGGGGUCGGACGAGCCGGCUCGGACCCUGAAGCGGCCACGGCUUGUUUGGACUCCUCAGCUGCAUAAGAGAUUUGUGGAUGCAGUGGCUCAUUUGGGGAUCAAGAAUGCCGUGCCCAAGACUAUAAUGCAGCUGAUGAGUGUGGAUGGACUUACAAGAGAGAAUGUUGCUAGCCAUUUGCAGAAAUACAGGCUUUAUCUGAAGCGGAUGCAGGGAAUUUCCAGUAAUGGCAGUGGUGGUGUUGGUGGGAGUAGUGUUAGUGUGGAUCCUACAGACCAUUUGUUCGCAAGCUCACCUGUGCCGGCACAUUUUUUGCAUCCAGGCAGGCCAAAUUCCGACCAUUUUUUGCCCUUUAUGCCUGUGGCCGCAAUGCAGCAGCAGCAUCAGAUGGCGGCCGUGGUUGGUCCGGGGCAAGGGCAAAGGCCGCACCACCACCAUCAGCAGCUGCAGCAGCAGUUUAGGCAUUUUGGGACCUCACCGCCAAACGGGCAAUUUGACCAUCCCUUUAUAAGGCAAUCACAGCAGCAGGUGCAGAGAAUGGGUGCGCCAGUUCAUAUUAGUAAUGGUUCAGUGGCACCACCAUUGUAUGUCGAGGAUUUGGAGUCUCCCAGGGCUGGAAAUGGGAGGAAAGUCCUCACCCUGUUUCCAACUGGGGAUGAUUGA